UUGCGCGUGCGCAGAGCGAGAAGCAUAUCUGUCGCUUGUUUUAUGCGCAUGGUCGGAAGACGUGAUAGUUACUCGGUGGGAUUUGCUGAUCUGAUGCUCUUUCGUGUCCGUUAUUCCAGGGUUUGGGGAGACUCCGAAGCCUACAAUUCCAGAACGUGACGUGAUGUUAGAGCGGAUACGUCAACAUGGUGACACCCUCUAAGAGAGGUCACUGCUGAAUUAGUAGCUUCUGCUGUGGCUGCCUCUCUCUUUCGUUUUCAAUGAAGAUGUGCUGUGUCUACGAUGGAAUGUAUUCAAAUUAGUGAGAGUUUUUUUGGCAUGCAUAUAUGCUUUGCAAUCUAGGAUCACCUGUUUGAGAUAUGGUCAUUUCUUACGGAUGAAAGUUCAAGAUCAAACUACAACUGAAAGGAAUCCCCAUUGAAAGUAGCCAGAAUUUCUUGGGAAUGGCUGUAAAACAAGAGGAUGACGAACCACUUAUACUUACCUUAGAGGAAAAUGGGGGUUGUGCUGAUCUUUCUGGGCAUGCAAUAAACUAUGAAGAAGUUUCAACCAGAGAAGAUUAUGAUCUCACAUACACCUCAGAGCAAGUCCAGACAUCAGAAGAUACUGUGGAGAGCUGGCAAACUCGAUAUCAGGAAGCAGCUAUCUACCUCCAGGAGGGGAAGAAUAAUGACAAGUUUUACACACACCCUCGUGAUUCCAAGGCGCUCUCAGCGUAUAAUUUUGCCCACAAUCACAUGUUCUACCUUCUAGAACUCGGCACGGGCCUUCUCUUGCUCCUUUUGUCUUUGUGUGAAGCUCCUGCAGUGCCAUUUCUUCGUCUAGACAUAUAUGUUCAUGCUACACUUGAGCUACUUGCCUUGGCAUUGGUGGUGUUUGAGUUGGCAAUGAAGAUGAGAUGGCUGGGGGGCAAGACCUUUCUGAAGCAUCGCAGAACAAUGCUGAAGAGUGCUGUGCUGGUGGUGCAGUUCAUAGAAGCCAUAGUAGUACUUGUGAGACAGACUUCACAUGUACGUGUGACGCGAGCUCUACGUCCCAUCUUUCUAGUGGAUUGCAGAUAUUGUGGGGCAGUAAGAAGGAAUCUGCGCCAGAUCUUCCAGUCUCUUCCCCCUUUCAUUGACAUCUUACUUCUCCUACUGUUUUUUAUGGUCAUUUUCGCCAUACUUGGUUUUUACUUGUUUUCCUCUAACCCAACUGAUCCGUAUUUCAACACUCUAGAGAACAGCCUUGUCAGCCUGUUUGUUCUUCUUACAACUGCCAAUUUCCCAGAUGUUAUGAUGCCAGCGUAUUCCCGCAACCCAUGGUCCUGUAUCUUCUUCAUCAUUUACCUGUCAAUUGAGCUGUACUUUAUCAUGAACCUGCUGUUGGCAGUUGUUUUUGAUACUUUCAAUGAUAUUGAGAAGAAGAAGUUCAAAUCGUUGUUACUUCACAAGCGCUCUGCAAUUCAACACAGCUACCAGUUGCUUCACAGCGUGCAGGUCACUUCAGGUGUUUCCUUCCGCCACUUUAAUGGAAUGAUGAAGUUCUACAAGCCUGGUAUGUCAGCACGUGAUCGCUACCUGACAUACAGAGCCUUGAAACAAAGUCAGGCAGACAACCUUCGACUGAAAGACUUCUACCAUUUUUAUGAAGUUGUUGAAUUGAAGUGGAAGGUUCAGAAGAUACGGGAGCACUGGUUUGAUGACCUGCCUCCAACAGCACUCCUGAUCUUUAAAGGUGUGAAUGUUUUGGCAAAUUCCAGGGCCUUCCAAUAUACUAUGUAUGCAGUAGUUGCCAUCAAUGGCUUCUGGAUUCUGGCAGAGACAUUCAUGUUGCAAGGUGGAAAUUAUUUUCCAGAAGGGGUUCCAUGGAGCUACAUUGUUUUUCUCACAAUUUAUGGUUCUGAAUUGCUACUUAAGUUGACAGGCUUGGGCCCAGUGGAAUACUUCUCAUCAGGCUGGAAUUUUUUUGACUGCUCUGUGACUUUAUUGGCUCUGCUUGGGCUCCUGGUUCUGGCCUUCAACAUGAAGCCUUUCUAUUUCAUUGUGGUACUACGGCCCUUGCAGCUUCUAAGACUUUUUAAAAUGAAGAAACGUUACAGAACAGUGUUAGAUACCAUGUUUGAACUUCUACCAAGGAUGGCCAGUCUUGGGUUGACGCUUCUGAUCUUCUACUAUUCCUUCUCGAUUGUUGGAAUGGAGUUCUUCUCUGGUGUGCUUUAUCCCAACUGCUGCAACACCAGCACUGUGGCAGACUCCUACAGAUGGCUUAAUCACACUGUAGGCAACCAGACUCUGUUUGAGGAGGGUUACUACUACUUGAACAACUUUAACAAUAUCCUUAACAGCUUUGUGACACUUUUUGAACUGACGGUGGUUAAUAACUGGUAUAUCAUUAUGGAAGGAGUCACCUCUCAAACAUCCCACUGGGCUCGUCUGUACUUUAUGGUGUUUUUCAUAGUUACAAUGGUGGUCCUCACCAUAAUCGUGGCUUGCAUACUGGAUGCCUUUGUAUUUCGUAUGAAUUACUGCAGGAAGAACAGAGAUGCUGAAGAUGAGAAGGGGAUCACCUUAGAGAUGGAGGUGGGGAAGGAGGAGCUAACACUUAUCCUCAGACAAACUCAAAGCAAUGAUGAAAAAAGUCAGAUGCGCAAAUUGCUGUCUCACCUACAGUCUAAUGAGGCUCCUUCAAUCUUGUUCCUGGGUCGUAGAUCCAGAACCAAAAGUGACCUGAACAUGAAGAUGUACGAGGAGGAGAUCCAGGAGUGGUAUAAGGAGCACUCGCAGUCACAAGUGAAGAGAACAGUAGAGCUUCAGCCAACAUCAGGAAGCUUGCGCCCUCGAUCUCGGACGGUGAACUAAUUGCAAGACAACAUAUUUUUUGCCUGACUAUGCAAUAACCAAUAGUAAUAUUUAUACUUUAAGGGCCAGCACAAGGGACAAGCAAUUAGGUUUUUAAUAAAAGGAUUCACCACCUCAGGGGAGGAGAGUUCUACUGUUAGCGUGGUUGUGGAAAUGAAGCACUAAGUUUUACUUCUGCUUGUAUAACAGCAGAUUUAGGGGUAACAAGGCUUGAUAACAUUGCAUUUAACAUUGCAUUUAAUAAAUGCUGAUAUACAGUACACCUCUCUUAAAUGCUGGUUUAUAACUCAAGUAAAGCAUUGCCCUUUCCUAAGAAUACCAAAAUUUUUCAGGCUAAAGCAACCAAAAGUUAUUUAAAAAAGCAGUAGGCCUUUUAGUAGGUAACCAGUGCUAAAAGAAUGUCCAUCCCUACUCAAGACUAUUUGGCCUCGUUUUCAAAACUUUAUCUCAUAGCAUUUGUUCAUUUAGAUCGGUGAUUCCCAACCAAUUCACAAGCAACAUAUUGCUCUCAGUGGACUGAUAGUAGGUUCUUAUUUUUGAAUUACUGGUUUGGAGGCAAGUUUUGGUUGCAUAAAAACCAUGUGUACUUCCAAACGGAGCCUUCUGUAGGACUAUCAAAUACCCAAUUAUAGCCCUUAUUUGCCACCCCAGAAACUUUUUUUCAUGCUUGUGUUGCUUUCCAACUGUUUUUAAAUUUGAAUGUGGCAUACGGGUUAAAAAGGAUGGGGAUCCCUGCUGUAGAAAAAUGUUACUCAGUGAGGCUCCAGCCAGUGGAGAAGCAAAUAUAUAGUUGCUGGUACACAGAGUGUUACAUUCCUCUUAUAAAGAGUGCAGUUUUAGCCAAUGAUUGUAAAAUGUUACUGUGUUGACAUUUUCAGUUUUAACCCCAUUUAAAUGGUUAACAGCAUGUCCCAUUAUUCUGCAGAACCUGUUCUCAAAUCUGAAAUUACUACAUUUAAAGGAAUAUACUAUAAUCUGUAAAUAUACAGAUGGAGCAAGACGUAUUUGAAUGAACCUUCAAUCAAAGUAUGGUCAUGGUACAAUUAUCCCACUUUUUCAUUCUUCUGAUAAAUGCAGUGACAAGAUACGUUGCAGUACUAUGAGAAUACACUAAUGCCAAAUAGCCCAGCUCAGUGCUCCGUUAUAUGCAAUAACUAGUACAGUGGUGGUUUAUUCUAAAAGUCACUCCCCUGUAUUUAUUUUUAUAGGCUAAUGAGAGAUGUGGUGUAUCCUAUACUAGCAGAGAAAUUAUAAUGACCGCCCAGUACUGCCCCUGCCUCCUGCAGUUCAACUGUAUCCACAGGGUCAAUCCAGCUGAUACGCCACAUCUGCAGUUACCCUCGGCAUGCUACAGUGGUGUAACAAAGAAGUCUUUCAGUUAGUGGAUCAUGAAUGCUGUCAUAAUGUUUGCAAUACAUAAGCCUAUUCUUUUGCAUUACAUUUAGCUUGCAGGCAAGAGAUCAAACACCAUUAACCAAUAUGGCCACACCUUCAUACAUAUCAAUGGGAAUCAUUGCUCUCAUUUCACAGGGAUUCAAAUGUUUCUUAUGACAAUAUCUUUUUAUUGGCAUUAUUUCUUUAACACGUUACUUCCAAAGUAUUUGACCUUUUCCACUAGGAGUUACCCCAACGCAGACAAUCAGAUGUGGCUUUCAAGAGCUGUUCUCUUAAUAUGCUGGUUGGCAUUUUAACCAUUAAACAGAUGAGACGUAGAUUACCCUCACUGUAGCUGAAAAGUGUUAAUGCACACCUAUAUACAGAAUGCUAUAUUUGUAAGAUAUUAAUAAAUCAUUUUAUAAUAAUC